AUGUAAUCGAUGUCUUCCUCGCCCUCCAGCGGUGCGUCCGCAGGGAGAGUCGAGAUGAGCGUAUCGCUCCAUGUCCUGAUCUUGUAAGCACCAUUACGUUCAUACCAAGUCCCGAUGUCACUCCAGAGUACGCUACAGAUCGCGUCGUUCCCGUAAUGGCUCCCAUCAGCUCGUGGUGUAACCGGAGAGACAGCUGUAGCUGCGGCGGCUUUGCUGAUGAAGGAGUGUGGGGGCGAGCCAAGCGGGCGAAGCUUCUCGUGGAGGAGACGCAUCAUGACUCCGCCAAGGCCGAGACCACGGUGAGGCGAGGGGGUGAAGACUCCCCCGAUGAGGUAGAUUGGAGAUGGGUUGACGGUCGGAUGGGAGCUAGUGGACGAGGAAGGGUAGGCGACGAGGCCUUCGAAACGAAACUGUAUGAGGCCGGACCAGCAUGGUCAGCAAACGUCAUCUGCACUUCAUCAGCUCAGCGCUUAGAGCUCACCGUCAACGAAGUGCAUCUGAAAUCCAAAGUGGUCCGGUCAUCCUGUGGCACGAGCACCCUGCGCGCCCCACGCCCUCCUCUCAGCAAGCUUUGCCCCAGUCAUCGUCUCCUCAGCAAUCCAGUAGUCUUCCUCAGCCCGGCCGCGCCUCCAAUGCUGGUGGUCUCGGUAGAUCGCUGCGCGUACCGCUAGGUGUUGCUCUCGAGUGGCCUCGACGAGGAUCAGGUCGGAGGAGCUCCUCGAUUGAGCUGCCGCACUGGUGCCAUCUUGAGCCGUGGGAAUGGUCAUGCUUGUAACUUCGAUUGAGGA